GAAAAGGUAUCUAUUUACUAUAUAUAACAAGAACCUUUAUACACGUUGGGGUGAGGAAAGGAAAUACAAUCCAGAUAAACACCUACUACCACCGUCUCUCUCUCUCUCUCUCAUCAUAUUUCUUUUUCAGAGCUUCUACUUUCCAUUUCCCCAUAUUUUUUCAGAAUCUCUCUCUUUUAAGUUAUAUAGAACAACAUUAAUAUUCAUCACUCAUCUCUUUCCCAAGUUAUUAUUGUGUUUGAGGCAUCAACUCACAGAUCCAGAGUUAGGAUAUACUAUUCAAACAUGGGGUCAUCAAGGAUCUGAUAUCUUAGUCGUUUUCUUUUCUUUUGCUCUCUCGUGGUGAACAUGGAUGGUGAAUAUCAAGGAGUUUACAUAAGGAAUUCAAGAGGAGUGCAGCUUUUCACUUGCAGAUGGUUGCCUUUUUCCUCUCCAAAAGCCCUCGUUUUCCUUUGCCAUGGGUAUGGCAUGGAGUGCAGCGGUUUCAUGAGAGAAUGUGGUGUCCGACUGGCGAAUGCGGGGUAUGCAGUGUUCGGAAUUGAUUACGAAGGACACGGACGCUCGAGAGGGGCCAGAUGUUACAUUAAGAAGUUCGAAAACAUAGUGAAUGAUUGCAAUGAAUUCUUCAAGUCCAUUUGUGCGGAGGAAGAGUACAGGGACAAGUGCAGGUUCUUGUAUGGUGAAUCCAUGGGAGGGGCAGUAGCCCUUCUGCUUCACAAGAAGGAGCCGACUUUUUGGAAUGGUGCUGUUCUUGUUGCACCCAUGUGUAAGAUAUCAGAGAAGGUCAAACCGCAUCCGCUGGUUAUCAAUGUGUUGACCAGAGUGGAGGAGAUUAUUCCCAAAUGGAAGAUAGUGCCUACAAAAGACGUCAUUGACUCGGCCUUCAAAGACCCUGUAAAACGCGAAGAGAUAAGGAGCAACAAGCUGAUCUACCAAGACAAGCCAAGGCUGAAAACAGCGUUGGAAAUGCUCAGAACUAGCAUGAGCCUUGAACACACUUUGCAUGAGCAGGUGAGGCUACCCUUCUUUGUAUUGCAUGGGGAGGCAGAUACGGUUACAGACCCAGAAGUCAGCAGAGCACUGUAUGAGAAAGCCAGCAGCGCAGACAAGACCAUCAAAUUGUACCCUGGAAUGUGGCAUGGCCUGACAUCAGGAGAGCCCGAUGGGAACGUCGAAAUUGUCUUUGUAGACAUCAUAACUUGGCUUGAGAAGCACACCAAUGAUGACAAUUCCGUCAUCGUGCAACCUAUUCACACAUAUAGGAAUGCCAUUCUCAAGAUGAACACCACAGCAUCACCACCCCAAACAAUAAACAAGCAGCAUCAGCAGCAGUCGCCUCGGCCUGUGCGAACACAGUCGCACAGGAGAUAUUUCUGUGGGUUGAAGGGACGCAGAUUGCAGCAUCACUCGGCAAUGUAGGCCAGCCAAUGUUGAAUGUGCAUGGCAACUGAUGUGCAUAGUCACUCGUAUAAAUGAAUGCUCUUCAGUUUUCGUCUGGAUGAGAAAUGUAUCGCUAUCGCAAAGAGGAGGCAGUGGAAUAAUAAAUCCUUCCUUGCCCUUUAUUAAUAAACCUCUAUUAUAAUUCA